CCGCAUCCGGCGCAGCGGCCCUUCUAGCCAGGUGGGCGCUGAGGCGGCUCUAUGGUGAGACGCCGGGGCCUGGGGCGGCCGGUGCCGUGCCGCCCCGCUCGGUGAGGGCAGCUGGGCCCCCGCCGCCUUCCGCCGCGGUCUCGGACUCCGCCCUGGGCGGCCUCCUGCCCUGCGAGAGGGGCGUCGCGGGGAGCGGCAGCGAUGAGCGUCGCGGAGCGGCCCGAGGAGAGGGAGACGGCGGCGGCCGCGGCCAGCCCCGAGCGCUGGCUGGGUCAUAGUGAUGCAUCUCCAGAUGAAGGAGUAGAAGAAGAUCUGCCUUUAAUAGAUGAGAAAGCUGUGGAGCAGCUAACUGAAGGAUUGAUUUCUCAUUAUCUGCCUGAUCUUCAGCGAUCAAAAUCAGCACUACAGGAACUUACACAGAACCAAGUGGUAUUAUUGGAAACAUUAGAACAAGAAAUUUCAAAAUUCAAAGAGUGUAACUCCAUUCUUGAUAUCAAUGCCUUGUUUUCAGAAGCUAAACACUAUCACAACAAGUUAGUGAAUAUUAGAAAUGAAAUGAUGAUGCUCCAUGAGAAGACAUCAAAGUUAAAAAAAAGAGCACUUAAGCUGCAACAAAAGAGGCAGAAGGAAGAACUAGAACGAGAACAGCAACGUGAGAAGGAACUUGAAAGAGAGAAGCAGUUAACAGCAAAACCUGCUAGGAGGACGUGAAAGCAGAGCAUGCAACAACUUGUCCGAAUUAAUCAUUUCUGCAUUCUCUGGGAUUCAGGCAGACUUUGCUUAAACUAGCAACAGUCUCUCUAUGAUACUGUAAAUUCCAAAAUGGUAAUAAUAGCGUUGGUAACAUUCAAAUUUUUUCAUUUCAGCCAUUCAAGUUGCCUUCUUUUGUAAUGCUAUGCAGUUUGAUCUUAUUAUAAUGUAAGUUAAUUUUUAUAUAUGUAUAUAGGAGAACUUAGGCAUCACAGUUUUAAAUACCUAUCCAUUUUUUUUCAUCUGUUCUUCUGGUGUUUAGAAUUCUGAGAGAUAUUUGGUGACUGGCAUACAUGUUUUUCAGACAAAAUACAGAAUACUAGUUAGAAGUUCAGUUCUCAUCACUGGACUUCAGUGGCCACCUAUUUCACUGAAACUGCUUUGAUUCAGGCAGUUGGGAUCUUUUUUUGAUGGCCUGGUUCAUAAAUACUGACUUUGUGCAGCCUUAGUUUGGUCCAUCUCUAAUGAACUGAAGAAACUUCCAGUGUAUUUGCCUGAAAGCUCACUUUAUUGCAGCAGUCAUUAUUUUUUUGUCAUCAAGUAACUUUAACAACAGUUUUAAUGUAACUUUCGAAUAAGUUCCCAGCUAAAUUGGUUGCAGGGGGGAAGCAGAACACUAAAGAUUCUCAAAAUUUAUGUGUGCACAGUGCAAAGACUAAUGAAUUUGUGCUUCCCCAAAUAUUUGAGUCAAAUGAGGGAACUGUUGCUCCUGUAAUGGUUCAGCAGGAAGACUGUGUGGUCAAAGCAGAUUUCCGUGGAAUUAGAAGUUGUAGUUUCUUCAUUUUGUGCGACAAAAUAAAACACAACCAAAACUAAGCGAUUUUCCCUUCAUGUGAAAUUCAGUUACCUGUAGGAAAAACUACUACAUUUUUUUCCUUAACAAAUUAUUCAUUUGCACUUUGGGGUUAUGUAAGAGAAUUUUUGUUGUGCUGUCCUCACCCAAAUUGAUGAUUAUUAGCGUAUACUGAUGAUAAAUGGAAUGGAGGUUGAUAUCCAUUUCUCUGAAUGUAAAUGCUUUCUUGCAGCACUUGGUGUGAACUCCCAUUCAAAUGAAUGUACAUGUUGUCUAGACUGGUAAAAGAGCUUUAAACUGUUUGUUCCUACAGUCUAACAAACUAGUUAUUUUAUAUCUGUGUUAUUUUUUAAGUAGUAAUGUAAGCGGUGUGUUUUGAAGUAAGAUGAAGGGUACGCGAUGUAAAGUUUUCCAUAAAAUAUGUAUGGUAAGGUAUCAGAGGGGCACAGUCAAUUUUACUUUUUCUUCCAUUUUAGAUGAUUUACACAGUGUACACCUGUCUGGACUCUUCUGUAUUGUAAUUUUUUGAACUACUUUCCUGUUCUUAAUAUUUGUCAUCUUUUUCUGUGAAAGACUUACUCUAACGAGUAAUCAUCCAACAUGCAAGGUAAACUGGGAUAAUGUUUUGGGGCAAGGAGAACAAACUACUUGAAGUAGUCUGAAAAGACACUGAAAUGCUGUUACUGAAGCAGUAAUAGAUUAAAACUUUCCACAGGUAUUUUUCCUUUAGGUUGACUUGUGUCUGUUAAUUGCCGGUGGAUUGUUGACCUGUGCUGUGGUUUGUAUGUAUUUCUAAGAGAAAUGUAAAGAAUUUCCACAGUCCAUUUUUGGAGCAGAAUGUACAUAACUAAAUGUUGUUUAAAUAUUUUAUUUUGUAAUGUAAUCUCAAAAUUAGAUUCUUGGAAUUUAAACAGUUCUUAUUAAAGUAUAGCAUGAAACUAGAUGCCUCAGUAUCCAAAUCGGGAUUAAAUUCCUGUGGUAUUUCUUGAUUUGUGUUCCCUCAUCUAGAAUCCAGUGUAGAGUUUCAGGUUGUGGUCUCUUUCUGCGAAAAACUGUGAGGUUUUUUUUUUCCAAAGAACUGUGGGUGUUUUUUUUUGUUUUGCUUCAAAAAUCAUGGCUACUUUUACUGAAAAUACAGAAGUCUAAGCAUAGAAAUUGAUGCUUUUGCAGUUGCAUAUUUCAGUGUUUCUUUGGAAUAAUUUCUGAUCAAAUGAAUAAAAGCUUGCAGUGCUUGCCUGAGGAAUCCCAUACACGUAUGUAAAAAUGUAAUUAUAACUUUUCCCAUAAAAUUGUAGUAAAAUCUUGGUUUUGUAUGAAUAAGGAACCAAUUUUACUAAAUGACCUUUCUGUAAUAAAGCGGAAAAAAUGAAUUAACAUA